GCAGGAAGAGAGAGAGAGAGAGAGAGAGAGAGAGAGAGAGAGAAGAAGUGGCUGUUGAGCCGGAAAACAUGUGAUUCGGAACCAUUAACCAGAUACGCUUAAUCGAGGGGAUAAUUCCAAACCGCGAAAACGAUGACAGAGAAAGUAGAUAUGUGUAAGUUCCAAGCAGAAGAACACUACAGAAGCACCAAGUACAGAACUGGCCAUGCCACUUUUAACCCUGCUCCUGCUUUUCCAACCUCCAUAAAAAUCACUUCCCUUUAAAAGCACUUCUCCUCCUUCUCCUUCUUCCGAAAAGCGCUCCAAAUGGAGCUUGGCAAAAGCAGCGGCAGAAAACGCGCCGCCGCAUUCUCCUCCUCCUCCGCCACAAGCAACAUGAAACCCACCCCCGCGACCGCCAAACCCGACAGGUCAAUCGCUCACUACAGAGAGGACGCCAACCUCUUGGCCGAGUACGAGCAGUCUGCCGUCUCCGGUACGUCCUUCCACUACACAAGGUCAGUGCUUUUUCCUCCGGAUUCUGUUCCCGAGGAGCAAAUCGUUGCCUACCUUUCGAGAAUCCAAAGGGGUUCUCUCGUCCAAUCCUUUGGCUGUAUGCUUGCAAUUAAAGAACCCACUUUUCGAAUUAUCGGUUUUAGUGAGAAUUGCUUUGAAUUGCUGGGUCUGGAUAAAUCGGGAAGUGUUUUCGGGUCAAAUGAGUUAAAGGGUUUGAUUGGGAUUGACUGUAGAACUCUGUUUACUCCUUCUUCCGCGGCUUCUUUGGCGAAAGCUGCUGCUUCGAGGGAGAUUUCGCUGUUAAACCCGGUUUGGGUGUAUUCUAAGAGCACCCAGAAGCCAUUUUAUGCUAUUUUGCAUAGAAUUGAUGUGGGGAUUGUGAUUGAUUUGGAGCCUGCUAGGUCUGGUGAUCCUGCAUUGUCACUUGCAGGAGCUGUACAGUCUCAGAAACUCGCGGUUCGCGCAAUUUCUAGGCUUCAGUCUCUCCCUGGAGGGGAUAUUGGCGUGUUGUGUGAUACUGUUGUGGAGGAUGUUCAGAAGCUUACUGGAUAUGACAGAGUUAUGGUUUAUAAGUUCCAUGACGAUGAUCACGGUGAGGUUGUGUCUGAAAUCAGAAGGUCGGAUUUGGAGUCUUAUUUGGGUUUGCAUUAUCCUGCCACGGAUAUCCCCCAAGCUGCCCGUUUCUUGUUCAAGCAGAAUCACGUGCGUAUGAUCUGCGAUUGCAAUGUGAAUCCGGUUAAAGUCAUUCAAAGUGAAGAACUAAAGCAGCCUUUGUGCUUGGUCAAUUCAACCCUCCGGUCUCCACAUGGCUGCCACAGACAGUACAUGGCGAAUAUGGGCUCGAUUGCCUCACUGGUGAUGGCGGUUAUCAUCAAUGGUAAUGAUGGUAAUGAUUCAACAAAGCUUUGGGGGUUGGUGGUGUGCCACCACACUUCCCCCCGCUAUGUCCCUUUCCCUCUUCGCUAUGCUUGUCAGUUUCUUAUGCAGGCAUUUGGGCUGCAAAUCUACAUGGAGCUUCAAUUGGCUUCGCAGUUGGCUGAGAAAAAGAUUCUCAGAACACAAACCUUGCUUUGUGACAUGCUCCUCCGGGACUCCCCAUCUGGUAUUGUGACCCAAUCUCCGAGUAUAAUGGAUCUCGUGAAGUGUGACGGAGCUGCAUUGUACUAUGGCGGGACAUGUUGGUUGAUGGGCGUAACUCCAACCGAAUCACAGGUUAAAGAUAUAGCAGAGUGGCUGCUAAAAAAUCAUGGGGAUUCCACAGGUCUGAGUACUGAUAGUUUGGCGGAAACUGGUUACCCUGGUGCACCUUUACUGGGUAAUGCAGUUUGUGGUAUGGCUACCGCAAGAGUCAGUUCAAAAGAUUUCUUGUUUUGGUUCAGGUCGCACACGGCAGCGGAAGUCAAAUGGGGAGGAGCUAAGCAUCAUCCAGAGGAUAAGGAUGACGGUGGAAAGAUGCACCCGAGAUCAUCAUUUAAAGCUUUGAUUGAAAUAGUAAAAAGUAGAAGUUUGCCUUGGGAGGUCUCUGAGAUUAAUGCCAUCCACUCUUUACAGCUCAUAAUGAGAGACUCGUUUCAGGAUAUCGAGGAAACUGGUUCGAAGGCAGUACAACAGAGUGAUGCUGAGAUGCAGUUGCAGGAGAUAGAUGAACUCAGUUCCGCGGCAUGUCAAAUGGUUAAAUUGAUCGAGACAGCUUCAGUUCCGAUUUUUGGGGUUGAUUCGGAUGGUCUCAUCAAUGGAUGGAAUGCAAAAAUAGCUGAGUUGACAGGACUACAAGAUAGCGAAGCUAUGGGCAAGUCCCUUGUUGACGAAAUUGUUUAUGAGGACUCGCGUGAAGCGGUUGAAAAUCUUUUACGUAGAGCGUUACAAGGUGAGGAGGACAAGAACAUUGAGUUAAAAUUGAGAAAUUUUGGGCUUCCACAACAUAAGUCGGUUGUCUAUAUUGUGGCCAACACUUGCACGAGUAGGAGUCCUGCAAAGGAUGUUGUCGGUGUAUGCUUCGUGGGUCAGGAUAUUACUUGUGAAAAGGUUGUUAUGGAUAAAUUCAUCCGCUUGCAAGGGGAUUACAAGGCCAUCAUACAGUCUCUUAACCCCUUGAUUCCACCAAUAUUUGCAUCUGAUGAAAAAGCAUGUUGCUCAGAAUGGAAUGCAGCCAUGGAAAAUCUGACUGGUUGGACUCGAGAAGACGUUAUUGGUAAAACACUUAUUGGGGAAAUCUUUGGAGGUUUCUGUCAACUGAAGGGUCAAGAUACGCUGACUAAGUUUAUGAUUAUGUUGUACCAAGGAAUCAGUGGUAAAGAGAUUGAGAAGUUUCCGUUCGGGUUUUUUGAUAGAAAGGGUAAUUUUGUUGAGGUGCUCUUAACUGCUAGCAAGAGGACUGAUGCAGGUGGGAAUAUAAUCGGUUGUUUUUGUUUCUUGCAAAUUUUUUUGCGUGACAUGCAACCGGCCUUGGAAGGACACAGACAAGAGGAUAUAGAAUACUUUUCGAAACUUAAGCAAUUAACAUACAUGCGGCAAGGGAUGAAAAAUCCUUUAAAUGGCAUUCGGUUUACCCACAAACUCCUUGAAAGUACAACUAUUUCAGAAAAUCAGAAGCAGUUUCUUGACACUAGCGAUGCAUGUGAAAGACAAAUCAUGGUGAUCAUCGAGGAUAUGGAUGUGAGAAGCAGAGCCGAAGGUAGCACGAAGCUGAACAUGGAAGAAUUUAUGUUGGGAAAUGUUUUGGAUGUCAUCAUUUGCCAAUCAAUGCUCUCGCUGAGGGAAAAGAACUUGCAGCUCUUUCAUGAGAUUCCAGAAGAGAUCAAAUCACUAUCUUUGCAAGGCGAUCAAAUCCGGCUUCAGUUGGUUUUGUCAGAUUUCUGGCUCAAUGUAGUGAAUCAUGCACCUUCCCCAAAUGGAUGGGUCGAAAUAAAAAUAUCACCUGGUCUAAAGUUAAUACAGGACGACAACAAUGAUAUCCGUCUCCAGAUCAGAAUGACACACCCUGGCCAAGGCCUUCCGGCGGUGCUCAUCCAGGAUAUGUUCGAGGGUGGAAACAGAUGGACGACACCAGAAGGGUUCGGGCUAAAUCUGUCCCGGAAACUUCUGAAUAGAAUGAAUGGUAAGGUGCAGUAUGUUAGAGAGCACAAUAAAUGUUACUUUGUCGUUGACAUCGAACUUAAGAUGAAGAAACAGAGGCAGAGGCUGCCUGUGUCUGAAGCUGAUAUGAGCACGACUUGAAUUCAUCAGAGAAUUUGUUUGUUGAGUCUCCGUCUACUAAUCAUUGUAUUUUACCAACCAUGUUGAAAACAAAAUGAAUAAUAUCAUGUAUUAUGUGUACAAAUCUUCAAGUGA